AUGACUGCAAGAAAUCUGAGUCUGGAGACAACGUUUGCUCUCUUGGGUUUCACAGAUUACCCAGAGCUUCAGAUUCCUCUCUUCCUAGUGUUUCUGAUCAUGUACAUUAUCACUGUGGUAGGAAAUCUGGGCAUGAUGGUAAUCAUCAAAAUUAACCCUAAGUUUCACCCCAUGUACUUUUUCCUUAGUCAUCUUUCUUUUGUUGAUUUUUGUUACUCUUCCAUUGUUACUCCCAAGCUGCUCGGGAACUUGGUCAUGGCUGAUAAGAGCAUUUUAUAUACUAGCUGCAUGCUGCAGUACUUCCUGUCCUGCACUGCUGUGGUGACUGAGUCUUUCCUGUUGGCAAUGAUGGCCUAUGACCACUUUGUGGCCAUCUGUAACCCUCUGCUUUACACAGUGGUCAUGUCACAGAGGCUGUGUGCCCUGCUGGUGUCUGGGUCAUAUCUCUGGGGCAUGUUUGGUCCGUUGGUACUCCUUUGCUAUGCCCUUCAAUUAAGCUUUUCUGGACAUACGGUGAUCAAUCACUUUUUCUGUGAAUACAUUGCUCUCAUUGCUGUCUCAAGCUCCAAUACACACAUCCCCCACCUGCUGCUCUUUGCCUUUGCCACCUUCAAUGAGGUGAGUACACUUCUGAUCAUCCUCACUUCCUAUGUCUUUAUUUUUGUCACUGUGCUAAACAUCCGUUCUGCCAGUGGAUGUCACAAAGCUUUCUCCACCUGUGCAUCUCACCUGACUGCCAUUACCAUCUUCCACGGGACAAUCCUUUCUCUCUACUGUGUGCCCAAUUCCAAGAACUCUCGACAAACUGUCAAGGUGGCCUCUGUGUUCUAUACAGUGGUCAACCCCAUGCUGAACCCUCUGAUCUACAGCCUGAGGAAUAAAGAUGUGAAGGAUGCCUUCCAAAAAUUAAUAGACACAAAAGCCUCAUUUCACUGA